AUGCGAGCCCUUUUCAUCGCUGCUUUGUGCCCUUGUGCAUUCGCACUGACAAAGAACACAUCGGCCCAAUCCUAUGAGACUGUUCAAACACAGAAUGGGGCUAUCACCGGCCACCGUGCACCGAUAGCUAAAGAUGUCUGGGAGUAUUUGGGGAUUCCCUACGCCCAGGCGCCGCUAGGAGACCUACGGUUUGCUGCACCCAAGAAAUAUAAUUUAAGAGAUACUUACAUAGCCGCGAACUAUGGAUCUGACUGCCCGCAACAAGCUGCGACCCAGCCCAAGUUUCCAAGUUUCACUACACAGGCCCUUCGAAUACUGAACUAUUUCACCAGUGCCGCUGGCACACAGCGGAGCGAGGAUUGCCUAAAAUUAAACAUUUGGGCAAAGCCAUCAACGAAGUCUAUGGAUUCGGAUAAACCAGUUUGGAUCCUGUUCCACGGAGGACGUUUUGCUGGAGGUGGGUCAAAUACACCCUUCGCCAACGGUCAGCAUCUUGCCAACGCAGAGGAUAUCAUUGUAGUUUCAGUCAACUAUCGUUUAAACGUUUUCGGUUUCCCUGGUGCACCAGGUGCUGAUACCAAUCUUGGGUUGCGGGAUCAGCGAAUUGCAGUCGAAUGGCUUCAAGAGAACAUUAGAUCAUUCGGAGGAAACCCAGAUCACAUGGUUAUUUCUGGACAAUCAUCAGGCGGUGUUUCAGUGGAUUGGUGGUCAUAUGCGUACGAGCAAAAUCCCAUUGUCCACGGCCUUAUGUCCACUUCUGGAACCGUGUUCAGUUUCCCUUUGAACAAUGUCCAAAAGCAGAGAGACAACUGGAACAACCUCACCACUGCAGUCGGUUGCGGUUUCUCAAGCGAUACUCUUUCUUGCAUGCGUGGGUUACCAUGGGAAACGAUUUCCUCUGCUGCAGCAAAGAUCCCAGUCAGUUCAGGAGGAAGCCCAGUGCGGUCUACUCCACCUUUCUACCCCAUCGUCGACGAGAAACUCGUUUUCAGCAAUUAUCAGGCACUCGCAAAAGCCGGUAACUUUGCCCGGCUACCCUAUUUCCUCGGUCAUAAUAACAACGAGCAAGGAUACUACGUGAUUCCGGCAUUUGCGGCUGGGCGUAACAUCACAGAGGCACAGGCCUCUCAAUUCUUACUAGAAUCUUUUGUCUGUCCUGUAUCCUACGAGGCCAAUAAGCUCUUCAAUGAGAGCAUUUCAACCUUUGUUUACCGCUACUAUGGCGACUGGGAUAACACCCGUCUCUACCCAACAAGCGGUGCUUACCAUGGUUCUGAGUUGCACAUGAUACUCGGAGGCUCAGAGGAGACCAGUGGACUUCCUGAGACCAGACCUCAGAAAGAGACCGUGAAACUUUUCCAGAGAGCAGUAGCCGCAUUCUCUGCUGACCCUCAGAAUGGUCUGAUUGAUAACUUGCACUGGCCACGAUUCAACCCAUUGGCUGAGACAUGGGCUGAAAUUGCGGUUGACAAUCAACCGCGACUUAGUUUCGCUAAGGCAGAGAAGUAUGACAAGAUCUGCCCAUCAAUAACUAUGGGGGCUUUGUCUAUCCAAUGA